AUGCCGGUGGAAAUCGCGAACGGCGACGACGUGGACUUCUCGCAGUACUGCGUACUGCAGAGCAAUGACCACCCGCCUGUAGAAUUCAAGGUGUCGCGCGAGUCGGCCAAGAUGUCGGGGCUCCUCAGGGACAUGCUGGAAGAUCAGGAGGGCAGCGAGGCGAUUAUUCCCAUCCCGAACGUGUCGGGGCAGACGCUCCGACUCGUGCUAGAAUACAUGGAGUACCACUGCGGCAACCCGGCCCAGCCCAUCGAGAAGCCGCUCAAGACGGCGAUUGAAUCGCUCGUGUGCGAGUGGGACAGCAACUUCCUCUUCAGCAAGCUUCUCAAGAACCACGACGAGAGGCAGCACGAGGUCCUCAUCGACGUCAUCAUGGCGGCAAACUUUCUGAACGUGCGCGACUUGCUCGACCUGACGUGCGCCUGUGUCGCGAGCAUGAUCCGUGGCAAGACGGCGGAGCAGAUUCGCGAGCUCUUCAACAUCGAGAACGACUUCACACCAGAGGAGGAGGAGAAGAUUCGCGAGGAGAACCGCUGGUGCGAGGAGUCUUAG